UCAGUUUCUGUUGUCGCCAUUACAAUCUUCGUUCUUUCUUCUACUUCACGGUUUUUACUCCAAACCGCAAACCACAGAUUUGAGCCCUAAAUUUCCUCAAACUUCUCUUGUUCAUAUGCAACUUUUGAUUCAAUUACACCUUAAACUCUCCAAAAUCUAGUAGAAAUAUUUUUUUUUUUUUUUUGUAGAAAUUUAUUUUGGGGGAAUCGGAACCAUAGUUUCAAGUUUCAGCAGCUGAAGAACCUAUCGGUUUCGAUUCACCCUGUCUUCUUGAGGAAUUUAGGGUUGAUAUGUCUGUUCUAUUGGAAGACAUAAUUCGGUCAGUGGAGAUGUGGUUGAGGAUAAAGAAGCAACCACAGCCUUACGUAAAUCCUGAUCUUGAUCCUGUUUUGCUGGUACCUGGUAUUGCUGGUUCGAUUCUGAAUGCCGUUGAUGAUAAUGGGAAAGAAGAACGUGUCUGGGUUCGACUUCUUGGUGCUGAUUACACGUUUCGGACGAAGUUAUGGUCCCGUUUUAAUCCUUCUACUGGUCAAACAGUGUCAUUGGAUCCAAAAACAAGAAUUGUGGUGCCUGAAGGCAGAUACGGAUUGGAUGCAAUCGAUGUCUUGGACCCUGACAUGGUCAUUGGACGUGAUUGUUUAUGUUAUUACCAUGACAUGAUAGGAGAAAUGAUCAAGUGGGGUUUUCAGGAAGGAAAAACUCUUUUUGGGUUUGGUUAUGAUUUCCGCCAGAGCAAUAGGUUUCAGGGAACCAUGGAACGCUUUGCUGCUAAACUAGAGUCGGCGUACACCGCUUCGGGAGGGAAAAAACUUAACAUUAUAACUCAUUCCAUGGGGGGUUUAUUAGUGAAAUGUUUCAUGUGCCUGCAUGGUGAUGCUUUUGAGAAGUAUGUGAAGAAUUGGAUUGCGAUUGCUGCACCAUUCCAGGGUGCACCUGGUUAUGUCACAUCCACCCUCUUGAAUGGGAUGUCAUUUGUUGAAGGGUGGGAAGAGAAUUUUUUCAUAUCAAAAUGGAGCAUGCACCAGCUGCUGAUUGAAUGUCCCUCAAUGUAUGAAUUGAUGGGUUGCCCAAAUUUCAAUUGGAAAAACGUUCCACUAUUAGAAAUAGUGAGAGAAAAGCAUGAUGAAGAUGGAAAAUCAACUAUUAUGCGUGAAACAUCUGAACCUACAGAAGCUCUAUCGAUAUUGAAGGAAGCUCUUUCAAGUAACACGGUUCAUUAUGAUGGAGUGGAUAUUCCUCUGCCAUUCAACGUCGAGAUCUUGAAAUGGGCUAAUGAGACUCUAAAUAUGCUCUCAUGUGCCAAGGUUCCCCAAGGAAUUAAGUUCUACAAUAUAUAUGGUACUGGUUAUGAUACACCUCACAGUGUUAGCUACGGGAGUGAGGAAAAACCUGUUAGGGACCUUCAACAACUACCAUUUUUCAAGGCUAAAUACGUAUGUGUUGAUGGUGAUGGAACAGUUCCUGUGGAGUCUUCUAAGGCAGAUGGACUUGAUGCAGAGGCAAGGGUUGGAGUCCCUGGUGAUCACCGGGGGAUAGUCUAUGAUCGCCAUGUCUUUCGGAUACUUAAGCAUUGGCUAAAGGCAGGUGAACCAGACCCAUUCUACAACCCAAUAAACGACUAUGUGAUCUUACCGACAGCCUUCGAAAUGGAAGAGCACAGAGAGGAAGGCUUGCAGCUAGCUUCAGUCAGAGAAGAGUGGGACAUCAUUUCAGAAGACCAGGUUGUCCAAGGGGAUUCGGUCAAUAAGAAGCCUAUGGUGGGCUCAAUAUCUGUUUCUCAGGUGGGAAAGGAUCAAUCUUCACGUGCGGAGGCCCAAGUUACCGUUCACCCACAAAGCGAGGGAAAACGGCAUGUUGAACUUAGAGCCGUAAGUGUGUCUGUGGGUAGCUAAGAUUACGCCGAUGGGAAUAUGGCAGCAAACCCUGGAAACGGGAACUCUGCUUCUACAAGAUUAUCUAAAAGUUGGGUGUACAGAUGGAAGUAGUUUCUCGUGUAUUGUAUCUCUCGUGUCAUCAGGAGCGAUGUUCAAAUUGUGUGUUAAACUGCUACUCAUUCCCUAAAGGCAAUGCUUCAUAUUCAUUACCUGUUGGAGUGUUGCAUGUAGUUGUACAGAAGACUUAUAUCAGGUAUAUAUUGUAGGAUCAUUGACGACCAAUAAGUUUAAACUGGUGUGUUUUAAUGUGUAGAAUAUUGUGGUGUUCUGUCCUUCAAAUACAAGACUGCAUUAACCA